GUAAUCGAUAAAUUCGAGCUGUUUGCAUUUGGAUUAAUAGCAAUCGGUAUCGCACCUGGUCAAGAGACGUUCGUAGCAAUCUACUCGAAAAAUCGCCCAGAAUGGACAAUUAGCGAAUUGGGCGUCUACACAAACAGAAGCGUGGUUGUUUCGUUGUACGAUACACUCGGAACGGCCGCUCGUUCUUUCAUCAUCAAUCAGGCUUCUGUUGAAGUUGUGAUUUGUGAUGCUGAAGAGAAAGCGUCUGCAUUGGUUAAGUGCAAAUCAGAAUGUCCCACGUUAAAGUACAUCAUUAUGAUGGACGCAUGCUCGAAACAAUUCAAAGACACGGCAAAACAGGCCGGAAUAGCAGUUUAUGGAUUUGAUGAAAUCGAACAAUUAGGUGCAAAACUCGAUCCUAAGCCAUCUCUGGAGAAACCAAAAAUGGAUGACCUUUGUACGCUAUGCUACACAUCAGGUACAACAGGAACGCCGAAAGGUGUGAUGUUAACGCAUGGCAAUGUGAUUGCAACAACAACUGUUUUUCAAUACCUCACAAAUGUGAAACUAAGCAAUGAGGAUGUACUGAUCAGUUAUCUACCUCUAGCACAUAUGUACGAAAGAAUCGUAGAAAACGCUGCGUUCCAAUGCGGAGCUCGUGUUGGUUUCUCGAGAGGUGAUAUCAAGUUGCUUAGCGAAGAUAUUGUUGAGUUGAAGCCAACAAUGAUGCCAUUGGUGCCGAGAAUACUCACUCGGAUAUUCGAUAAGGUGACCUCAACUAGUAAUUAG